GAGCACUCCUCGCCUGAAAAUUCAGGUACCGGGAAAAUGGCGUCCAUUGCCCUUAAUUCCGGGUUCUCUACCUCCAGCUGUGACCCAAAAACCACUAAAUCUCGUCGUGAAACCAUCAAACACUUCGUGGGUCUCCGCAAAUCCACUCCAUACAACCACCAUUCGUUGUCCUUAACCAAAUCUCUACCAACCAGGACAAAUCGCAGGGGAUUACACAUCUUCGCGGCAAAAUCGAGCCCCAAAAUCUCCGGUCGAAACCUCCGGGUCGCCAUUAUUGGAGGUGGUCCAGCUGGGGGUUCAGCCGCCGAAACCCUAGCGAAGGGUGGCAUCGAGACAUACCUAAUCGAACGGAAGAUGGACAACUGUAAGCCAUGCGGUGGCGCCAUCCCUCUCUGCAUGGUGGGGGAGUUCGACCUACCUCUAGACAUCAUCGACCGUCGAGUCACCAAGAUGAAGAUGAUCUCCCCGUCCAACGUGGCAGUCGACGUGGGCAGAACUCUAAAGCCCCACGAGUACAUCGGUAUGGUGCGCCGGGAGGUGUUGGACGCAUACCUACGUGAUCGUGCCGCCAAAUCCGGCGCCACCAUCAUCAACGGUCUCUUCCUCAAGAUGGACUUACCAGGUGACGCCAACUCACCCUACGUCCUCCACUACAAUGCUUACAAUGGAAUAACAGGUGGAGUCGGGGAGAAGCGCACGUUAGAGGUGGACGCCGUGAUCGGCGCAGACGGGGCCAACUCGCGCGUGGCAAAGGCGAUUGGCGCAGGAGAAUACGACUACGCCAUCGCGUUUCAGGAGAGAGUCAAAAUCCCGGACGAUAAGAUGGUGUAUUAUGAAAAUCUCGCCGAGAUGUACGUGGGAGAUGACGUGUCACCCGAUUUCUACGGUUGGGUGUUCCCAAAAUGCGACCACGUGGCGGUGGGGACAGGAACGGUGACCCACAAGGGUGACAUCAAGAAGUUCCAGCUGGCAACAAGGAACAGAGCACAGGAGAAGAUCCAUGGAGGGAAGAUCAUCAGGGUUGAGGCUCACCCGAUCCCUGAGCAUCCCAGGCCCAAGAGGCUUGCAGGGAGAGUAGCCCUAGUGGGUGACGCCGCCGGUUACGUGACCAAAUGCUCCGGCGAGGGGAUAUACUUUGCGGCGAAGAGUGGGAGAAUGGUUGCAGAGGCGAUAGUGGAGGGGACGGAGAAUGGGAAGAGGAUGGUGGAGGAAAGUGAUCUGAGGAAGUACCUGGAGAAGUGGGACAAGACGUAUUGGCCAACUUAUAAGGUGUUGGAUGUGUUGCAGAAGGUUUUUUACAGGUCGAAUCCGGCAAGGGAAGCCUUUGUGGAGAUGUGUGCGGAUGAGUAUGUGCAGAAGAUGACGUUCGAUAGUUACCUGUACAAGAGGGUUGUGCCUGGUAACCCACUUGACGAUAUCAAGCUCGCCAUUAAUACGAUUGGGAGUUUAGUCAGAGCCAAUGCCUUGAGGAGAGAGAUGGACAAGAUUAGUUUGUGAGAUUUUCCCGAUAAGCUGGAUUUUGCGAUUUGGUUCUUUC